GGAAACAUAUGCAAAGCAUUCUUUGCGCUAGAAAAAAAAAAAAGUGAUGGUCUCUUUGCUAACCAAAAAGUGAACGUGUAUAAAAAGGUUCGUUCCGACCGAAAAGAAUCACCAGUUCAUUCACAACUGUCUCAAGCAGCUCACAUCUCCAACAUGAAGUUCAUCAUCCUCGCCGCUGUUUUCGCCGUCGCUGCCGCCAACUCCUACAAGGCCGCUGAAUACGCACCUAAAUACGAGGCUCCUAAAUACGAAGAAGUCACCUACGCUCCUCAGCCAUACAGCUUCGGUUAUGAUGUCCAGGAUAAGGAAUCCUACACUGAUUUCGAUCACUCCGAGAAAGCUGAUGGCAAGGUGACCAGCGGAUCUUACCGUGUUGCUCUUCCCGAUGGCCGCACUCAGAUCGUUUCCUACAAGGCCGAUGAGAACGGAUACACCGCUGAUGUGAAAUUCGAAGGAGAGGCUCAGUACCCCGAAUACAAAGAGGCUGGGUACAAAGCUGCUGCCUACCCCGCCCCAGCCUACAAGGCUCCCGCUUACCCUGCCCCAGCCUACAAAGCUCCCGCCUACCCCAAAUACUAAACUGCCAUUGUUUUAUUUGCCUUAUUUAUUGAGGAAUUGAAUGAAAAGAAAAAGAUCGUGAUUCAAGAGAUAUAUAUCGGCGGCAAUGCCGUGACCGCCAGAUUUAUUUAAGAACAAAAUAAAUACAACAAUUUUGGCAAAAAAAAAAAAAA